UUGACAUGAAAAUACAAUUGUUCCUGAUGUCAAAUUCUAGCGACUCCUAUAAAUGAGGGGUUGGGCAUUUGUUUGGAGCAGUUUAACUCUGAAGAUUAUUUACCUUGCUCUCCGAAGAACACUUUAGGACGAUAUGAGCGCAUCAGUGGCAGUACAUAGAAAUAUAUACACUGAGGAUCGCUUCAGACAGACGUAUGGUACGGAAGAUCAGUCUGGAGGGAGAGAGCGGCUCCGCGACAGACUGGCGCAGAGAUGCAGCUGCUCUCAGGUGGACUAUCUUCACCUGCUCAAGAAGAGACUGCCCGUGUGCAGCUGGCUGCCAAAAUACAAGAUCAGGAAAUGGCUUUUAGGAGAUAUCAUAGCGGGACUGACUGUUGGAAUAGUGCACAUUCCCCAAGGAAUGGCCUUUGCUUUGUUGACAUCAGUGGCACCUGUCUAUGGCCUUUACACAUCCUUCUUCCCUGUAGUUCUCUAUAUGCUCUUUGGCACUGGUCACCACGUUUCUACAGGUACCUUUGCUGUGUUGAGUCUGAUGACUGGUUCAGUGGUGGAGCAACUAGUUCCCAUCCCGCUCGCUCUGAACUCCAGUAGCCCAGAAGGCACAGAGUUUGAGGCCCAGAGGAUUGGUGUGGCAUCAGCUGUAGCAUUUCUCUCAGGCAUAAUGAUGCUCUGCAUGUGCGGGCUCCAGUUGGGUUUCCUUUCCACAUACCUCUCAGAACCGAUUGUUAAGGCUUUCACAAGUGCAGCUGCCUUCCAUGUGACCAUUUCACAGCUGCAAAGCAUGUUGGGAUUACGGCUACCCCGAUGUGCUGGUGCCUUCUCUCUUUUUAAGACUCUGGCUUCAGUGAUGGAGAAUGUGCCCCACACUAAUUUGGCUGAGCUGGUGAUCUCACUGCUCUGCCUGGCUGUUUUGGUGCCAGUUAAAGAGGUCAACUCACGCUUUCGGGAGCGUCUGCGCACUCCCAUCCCCGUGGAGAUCAUCACUGUAAUAAUCGCAACAGGAAUUACAUAUGCCUUUUCUUUGGAUUCCAAAUAUGACAUACAGAUAGUAGGACACAUUCCAGCAGGUUUCCCUAAGCCACGGCUGCCUGCAUUGGAGAUUGUUCCAGAAAUUGCCGGCGACACAGUUGCUAUCACCCUUGUUGCCUACGCUGUUUCUGUAUCUCUAGCCAUGAUUUAUGCUGAUAAGCAUGGAUACUCCAUUGAUCCAAAUCAGGAGCUUCUAGCACAUGGGAUCUCAAACACUGUCUCAUCUCUUUUCACCUGCUUCCCCAACUCAGCUACACUGGCCACCACAAACAUACUGGAAAGUGCCGGAGGUCACACACAGCUUGCAGGACUGUUCACAAGUCUGGUUGUUCUUAUUGUACUUUUGCUGAUAGGACCUCUAUUUUACUUCUUACCAAAGACAGUUCUUGCUUGUAUAAAUGUGACCAGCCUGAGACAGAUGUUCCUGCUGUUUCAGGAUCUCCCAGAUCUUUGGAGAAUUAGCAAAAUUGAUUUUAUGGUGUGGCUUGUAACCUGGCUCUCGGUAGUUGUGCUAAAUGUAGAUCUUGGCCUGGCCAUUGGGGUGGUCUUCUCCAUGAUGACAGUUAUCUGUCGCACACAGAGGGCCAGCUGCUCUGUUUUAGGAAGAGCCGCCAACACGGAGAUCUACAGAUCCAUCAACAACCAUAAUAAAUGCUAUGAAGUCCCUGGUGUAAAGAUCCUGGCCUACAAUGGGCCCAUCUACUAUGGGAACCGUAGCUUUUUUAAGGCUGAUAUGGCUCAACUUCUGGGCCUCACCCCUGAGAGGAUACGCAGCCGAGAGAAAGCCCUGAAGGCCAUGGAAAGGAGAGAGAGAGAGGCCAUUAGCUCUGUAGAGCAAGGAGUUACAGACAGUUCAUUUUCUUCAAAGAAUGACUUGUUCAGAUCAGAGAUGGCUGAGGGUGAAGUCCAGGCUGUGUUGAUAGACUGCAGCAGUGUCAUUUUCGUGGAUGUUGCAGGAGCUCGGUUAUUCAUACAGAUGUGCAUGGAGUGCCAAAAGAUCGGGGUACGGAUAUACCUGGCUAACUGCAAUGAGAGUGUACUGAAGAUUCUCACAUCAAGCGGGCUGAUGAACUACAUGAAUCCUCAGCAUAUUUUUGUUACAAUUCAUGAUGCAGUGGUCUACAUACAACAGCAGCGGGAGAAACCACCUGAGAACAACACAAUGGUAUGGGAGUGAUUUAUCUGACACAAAGUAAUGCAAGACUGAGACUCAAAAUAGGAAGUGAAGAACCACUGGGUGACUACGAAUGUGUCAGAGAAAUGACUUAAAGUCAUUCCAACAUUUAUUUCGACUCAACAUGCUGUGAUGAGGUUGUCAGGGCUAUCUAUAGCUGUUUAACAGUAUGCAGCUGUAGUGUCUGUUGUGUUCAUUAUGGCCUAUUCACACAAAGGCAAAUGUUCGGUGCGAAAAUUCAUUGCCAUAAACAUUUUAAUUUGAAUUAACAACCAGUAAUGUGUGACCAGCACAAGGAUUUUUUUUAAGGAGAGGUGCUCUAAUCUCUUUUCCUUAUCAACCAAUUAGAUUCAUUCUUUUGGUCACUUGCCCAGAACCACUGUUGUUACAGAAAGCUAGAGUUGGUGGCAUUCACAAACAGAUUAUUUUGCUGAUCGGUGGUCAAUAGCUUGGCUCCCUUGUCUCUGUACUCUUGAAUUUGGCGUUGGUUAAUAAACACCAUAGUAAAUACAAAAACCUGAAUGGCUGUUUGAAAACGUAUAUACUGUAUGACUUAUUUCCUUUGCCAUGACAAAAAUGGAAAAAGCGGCUCUUUGUGUACUGGAAUAACUAGUCUUUUUCAGCUUUUAUAGUGCCAUCUACUGUCAGAGAGUGAAACUGCAUUUUUAUUCAGCCUCUGUGUGUUUUAUGCAUUGGUCUGAAUAGGUCUGAAAACGCACUGAAUAUUUGUGAUGAGCAUUUAUGUUGGUGUGAACCGGCUUUUACAUGCACAAACAUGAUUUUCAGCAGUGCUAACGAUAUUGCUAGCCCUGCAAACUCCAUGUGCAGGCAAAGAAGAUAAUGGUUAUUUAAUUGAUUAUGUACGUCUGAAUGUUUUCAAUUUAUCAGUA